UGUAGUUUGGAACGUUUUCCUUCACAGACACGAUGUGUAUAAAUUCAUCCCUUCACUCUGCAACCUGUGUAUGAGCCAUAUAGGGUAACAACAUUCUCCAUAGCGGCAUCAUACCCUAAGCCUAGCUAUAACCUUUUCCUUCAUUUUUUUUUUGUUAUUUUUCCGUUCACCGCCAUGUCUUCAGACACAAAGAAAAGCCGUGGCCGUCAGAAGAUCGAGAUGAAGAAAAUGAGCAACGAGAGCAACCUCCAAGUCACCUUCUCCAAGCGCCGUACCGGGCUCUUCAAGAAAGCCAGUGAGCUUUGCACUCUCUGUGCUGCCGACGUGGCACUGAUUGUUUUCUCCCCCGGAGAGAAGGUCUUUUCCUUCGGUCACCCUAACGUCGACGCCGUCAUUGACCGCUACCUGGCGCGGGCCCCGACGCAGGACAUGGGCACCAUGCAGUUCAUCGAGGCUCACCGCCUGGCGAACGUGCGUGACCUGAACGCGCAGCUCACUCAGAUCAACGCCCAAUUGGAGGCGGGGAGGCAGCGCGGGGAGGAGCUGAAUCGUAUGAAGAAGGAAUCACAGGCCCAGCUAUGGUGGGCCCAGCCCAUCGAGAAAAUGAGCCUGGCCCAGAUGGAGCAGUACAAGGCGGCGUUGGAGGAGCUGAAGAAACUGGUUGCGCGUCUUGCUGACAUGGCCAUGCUUGAGAGUGCAACAAACCAGGGUCGUCAUCAGUUUUUUCCCGGGGCUCCUUCCUCUUCCAAUCUGGUGCAUUACCCACACCCUUCUCCCGUGUUCCCUCAACCGCUGAUUCAGUCACCCAUGCUUCAGAACUUCAUGUUUCCUGAUGGGAGCAUCGUAGGCCACCAAGGCUUUAAUCACAUGGAAAUGGGAGGAUAUGCACCUGGACCGGGACCCGCUGGUGCUUUCUUUUGAUCCUUUCAUGUUAAAAACUUCGUCUUUUUUUUUUUUUUUAAUUUCUUUUUAUUUCGGUGUAGCUCCGGCUUAGCUAGUUAAUUACAUGGUUAUUAUUCUUUGGGGUUCGGAUAUUUCAGACAUGUCC